AGAUGCCGACUGGAAGAGAACACAGGCUGGUGUUGCAACUGACAUGGCACAGACGCACGGUGUAAAACGCAGCAAAGUGCCAUCUAUGUCGGCACAAAGAAGAGACAAGGCAACUCCUGCAACACACAAGAUAUUUGCCUAAUACUGCAUCUGUCUGGACGUACAGCACUCCCAGGAAUUUUUCUUCCAUGAUGACUUCUUGGGUGCGAUGUAUUUUCCCUAUCCCUGUCCUGAGUGUUACAGUUCUGCUCUUAUAUUAUAACAGCAGUCUUUUAAAAUUUGCAGGUCUCCAUAGGUAUAAUAUCACUGAGGAGAAACUACUAUUAGCUGAAACUUGUGAGUCUUUCAUAAACGGACAGAGAUCCUUUGCCUCGGAAUCAACAUUGCAGACAGCUUUUGAACAAUCCAGCUGCCCUGAGUAUGUCAGGCAAAAUCACUUCAUCAUGUCUCCCCUUUCAGAAGAAGAGGCUGCCUUUCCGUUAGCCUAUAUAAUAACAAUGCACAAGGAAUUUGAUACAUUCGAGAGACUGUUCAGAGCUGUCUACAUGCCCCAAAAUAUAUACUGUAUCCAUGUUGACGAGAAGGCGACUGCUGAUUUCAUGCAGGCUGUGGGCAGUUUAGUACAAUGUUUCCCCAAUGCGUUUCUUGCAUCAAGAAUGGAACCGGUGGUGUAUGGUGGAAUAUCCAGACUCCAGGCUGAUCUGAAUUGCAUGAAAGAUCUUGUGGCAUCAGAUGUGCAGUGGAAAUAUGUCAUCAAUAUGUGCGGGCAAGAUUUCCCUUUAAAGACAAACAAGGAAAUAAUACAUCAUAUUAAAUCAUUUAAAGGGAAAAAUAUAACCCCCGGGGUAUUACCACCUGCCCAUGCAAUACCAAGGACCAGAUAUGUUCAUCGGGAGGAUAUAGUCAAUUCACGGGUAAUAAGGACAAAUGUCGUAAAGCCUCCCCCUCCUCACAAUAUUACAAUUUAUUUUGGCUCUGCCUAUAUUGCACUCACAAGGGAAUUUGCACAGUUUAUUCUAGAAGAUCAGAGAGCCAUUGACCUGUUACUGUGGUCCAAGGACACUUACAGCCCUGAUGAGCAUUACUGGGUGACACUGAACAGAAUUCCAGAUGUCCCAGGAUCAGCACCAAAUGCAUCAUGGGAAGGUAACCUGAGAGCAGUAAAGUGGAAAGACAUGAAGAACCAGGAAGGAUGUCAUGGUCAUUAUGUACGUGAUAUAUGCAUAUAUGGAACAGGAGACUUGCCGUGGCUAAUGAAUUCAAGAAGUGUAUUUGCUAACAAAUUUGAAGUGAAGUCAUACCCCCCCACCGUGGAAUGCCUAGAUCUGAAGAUCAGAGAAAGGACUCUAAAUCAAAGUCAAAUCACUGUGCCACCGGAGUGGUUCCUAUGACAAAGGAAACAAGGCGAACACCAAGGAGAAAGAAAGAAAGUGGACAUGAAGAAGAAAAAUAUGUUUUUUUGAGUGCUCUUCAUAAAGGCAACUCUUAAGCUCAUAACUUGGCAAAUUAAAGUGAAUUCUUACAUCUUCCAAUUCCAUUUUUAAUUCAUUUUUAAAUAUGAACAUCUUUUUGGGUUUUAGCGCCCUUGUUAUACCCCAGAAAAUCUUUUGGCACAGGAUGACAAGAGAAUACCAAAGCUUUAUUAAUGGUUCCACAGUUAGUUCUGACCAAAUUCACUUUCCUAUCCAAUCUAAAACAUUUAUGUAGUAAAAUUGGACUGGGGAGUGCAUUUGCUUAUGUUAUUACACUAUGGAGUGAUAGUGAUCAGUGAUGUUGUUGAUUUUGGUAAUUCUGCAAAUGAAGUGCGGAUACGGCCUAAACCCGCCGUCUGUCCUGGCACGCACAUCACUAAUGGUAAUUAUACUGCUCAGUCCAGAAGGAUUCCCAGCAGUAUGAUAUUUUAUCAAAACUCUCUUGACUGAGGAAACUGCUUUCAAAUUGACACAUUUAUCACAGUUAAUCUGUUCAGGUAUGUUGAAUUACAUUGAUUUUCAGCAGGUUGUUCAUGUUCAGUGCAGCCCAGCAGCGACACGGGUAGGCCCAUUUAUCAGAUUUAUCUCAAUAUUUUCUGAUAACUAUUCCGACCAAAUCCGCACAGGUUUUUUCCCCUUAUUUAUCAAUACACUUUCCCGAAAAUUUUCUGUGCAGGAAAAAAUUCUAAAAAUAAAUGAAUUAAUUUUUUCAGAUUUUUGCAAGAAAACUGCAAGCUCUUUGGAUUUUUGCACAAACCCAAUGCAGAUCAUGAUAUCUUUGGGACUUCUCCCAUUGACUUAUAUGCAUCCUCGGCAGGUCUGAGAUGCCGAAUUUUCAGAUUCAGACUUUUUCCAUUCUCUGGGUAUAAUAAAUCCAGAGUUUUUUUCGGGUUUUUGCCAUUCAGACUUUAAUAAAUAACCCCUAAGUAUUAACACCCAGCACCCUAACAGGUGAUAGGUGCUAUAGGUGACUAGACUAGACUCAUCUUAUAUAAAAAUAAAACACCCUUAGUGGCCAAAAGAGGCACAUAUUUUCUUGUGCGGCCUGGUCAAAACGUGGAUUGUUCAGUUUACGGUCAACCACUGUGACACAGAUUGGUGUGUUCUAGCAACAAUCUUCAAUAGGAAAUUCCCACUGGUAUCACUAAUUGGAUGGGGGGGGGGCAUUUUAAGCAUCUUAUCCCUGCCUACCAAGCUGUUUAUCACCAUGGGUGACAAAUGAUGCAAAUUGUCCUGUGUGCCACUGCAAACAUAAAAUAUAUACUCAGUAUAUUCAGUAAUUAAUAUUCCUAAUUAAUAUUGUUGUUGGCUAUUUCUAUAGAAGGGGCCCCAAAUGUCCUGCUUUUUAUCUUUUUUUCACUUCUGCCUUUAUUUUAUUGAAAAAUAAGUGGUUUGUUUGCCGUAAUAAACUCAUCUCGAGAACAACGGGGUAUGAACAGCUUUUAUCUGGCAGAUGUGCUCUUUUUGUUGGAUUAGGGCCUAUAACUUCUUUUGAAAAGAAAUGGUUAUUUGAUCGCAAAACAAAAAUAUUAUUGCAUUUACAACCAUGUCUUUUAGAAGGCCUUCAUUCCUGAAAACUAACCUUAGGCUAAGCAGCUGGUUUUCCCAGUCUGGCACAUAUAGAACUUUUUGCAUGUGUCAGUGAAUAUCUAGACUAGCCUUUUUGAAAGGUGAAUAUGCCGUUAUUCAUUUUUAAUAUUUUUGUUCCAUAACUUUGCUGCUACAUACAGUGAGCGGAAGAUGAGGUGAUGUUUUGUCAUCAUACAGCACUAAUCUGAAAGUUGGGAGUUCCCUUUAAAUAUGGCAACUGCUGUUUGUGGUUACUGAAAGGGAAAAUAGAAACACGAGUGUUAAAUGACUCUGAACGGAGCUACCUUAUAGAGGGUGAAUAAAUAUGAAUACACCAGUAUAAACCAAUAUCAGAAGCACACCAGAGCAGGCCCAGACUGGCAAUCUGUGGGUUCUGGCAAAUGCAAGAGGGGCUGCCAUAAGAUGCCAUAGAAAGUCACUAUUAAGUGGGCUGGUGAGGAGCUGAUUGGGCCUCUCUGUAUUGAAAUGCCAGGGCCUCUUUUGACUCCCAGUCCAGACCUGCACCAGAGAGUGGGGAAUGUACACCAGUGUUAGACAGUGGCAUAAUUAUAUGUAAUUGGAACCCACAGCAAAUUCAAGUUAGGCACCAACAUUGGUAAACUGACUUAUUCUACCAAGGAUUGUUGAAAUUACAGAUUUAUUAGGGACUUAUAGGGCCCUCCACACUUCUGGGGCCCCCCUGUACCUGCAGAGUCUAUUUCCUCUAUAGUUACCCCCUUGGCACAUCAUGUGACGACCCAUGGCUUGACAUUUGAGCACAGAAAAUCAACAAAUAUAUAACCAGUCCAGACACAUAGCUAAGGUGCUGCAUAUGUUACUGAUACCAAUUACCACCACAAAAUGCUUUUUGUUACCCUUCUGUGCAAUUUGAUUCAGAUACAGGGUAAAACAGUGACCACUGAGCAGCAGGAGCAUUGGAAUAUAAUGGAUCUUGGUGGAAAAACUCACUCAUUCUUUGGGGAGGGUAAAAGUAGAGGAAAUAUGAAAUCAUUGUACAGUCACGGAAACCUCAUAUGAACACACAUUUAUGGUCCGUGCUGAUUAGUGCAGCUAUUCUCUUUCCAUUUUCUUGAAGUGCCCUCAGUUUUUCAAUGGAUUGUAGCUGACACAAGCUGGGGAAGUCUACGCUCCAUCUACUGUCCCCAUAGAUUACUUCAUGAAUUUUACACCAAUUUGCUGGCUUGAAGCACUUUUUGCCAUAUUGUACAGCCUUAUUAUAAUAUAUUAUUAUAUUAUCAAAAUGGGAAAAACCUGGACAAAAAGGAGAAUUGCAUGGUAGUCUCUCUAGACCACAUCCCUUUAUGCACAUGGUAUGUAACCUCCAGCAAUUGAUAUUAUACUAAAAUCCACCAAUCCAGCCCACCCCUUUGUUAUCACUCCCCCUGCUGGUGUGCUCAUGGAAUGCCUUUUAUGUUCUCGACCUCUGAUUUAGUAUAUACAACUGGCUGCUUGACUACAUGAAAAUGAAGUAUGUAGUAAAUGUACUAUUUAGGGGCCCAUUCACUAAGCUCGAGUGAAGGAAUAGAGGAAAAUAGAGAAAUAGAGGGAAAAAAAAUUGAAUUUCGAAUGGUUUUUUUGGUACUUCGACCUUCGACUACGACCUUCGAAUUGAACACUUAAUUUCCCAACUGAAGUGGUGAUAAUUAGAAACUGGAUGGGGAAAGACAGAAUAGAGAUGGAAGCUAGCAUACUGAUGUGGGAAGAAAAGUGAGAGGGAAGGAGGCCUGCAAUUUGUUAAAUGUGGAAUAGUUUUAUGAGGAAAUACAAAUUUGACAUUUGAAAAAAAAAAAAAAAAUAACACUGGAACUUUUGUUGUUCAGCAUAUUAUAUAUUUAUAAAUAUAUAUAAUUAUACAUAGGUAAAAAUAUAUAUUUAUGUUAUUUAUAUUUAAAAUAAUUUAUAUUCUAGUUGCAUGCCACAUCUGGGGGCAUAAUAAAUAUAUGACUGACUUCUGACUUGCAAAGUGGUUCUAUUUACUGCACUGAUUUCUGAUUUAUUUAGUUUUUUUUUUUGCUGUUUAAAUAAAUUUGACUUUUGUUUCUCAAGAUUACUGUAUAAAAAUGAUUGUUUGUAAGAUUUUGGAAGUAAUUGUUUUUCUUUAUGUACAUCUUAUGGAACUGUAUAAAUAUUUAUAAAUACCUUUAUGUUUAAAAAUUGUAUCAAGGGUGUAUAAAUAUUUUUAAACAUUAAGAUACCGGUAUGGGACCUGUUAUCUAGAAUGUUCGGGACCUGGGGUUUUCUGGAUAACGAAUCUUUCCGUAAUUUGUCUACUAGAAAAUCAUGGAAAUAUUAAAUAAAAUAAAUAGGUUGGUUUGGAUCAAGAA